AUGGGCGGCAAUCAAUCGACUAGCGAAUCAAAGGAACCAAUUGCUGAAUUGAGUGCCGACUAUCAAGAGUUGGAUCUAUCGACAUUCAAGUUGAAUAUUGUCAAGACAAAUACAAGCUCCGAGCUUACGAUAGGAAAUCGUCGAAUGAUUAUACUUGAUGGAUUGGAUAAAAAGUUUGAAUUUACUGAAGAGUCGGGGAAUGUACAUCGUAUACAUCAUGUAAUGUUUGGUAGUGAUGAUGAGAAGAAGGAGGCCAUUUUGGUCUUGUUGAAUAUGAUGAAUUCGUUAAAGUUUUUCCAAAUGCAAAACAAGGCUGGGAAAUCGUUUAAUACUAGUGGUUCUGAUGCUGGAACAACAAUCACACUUCAAAACGGAAAGAAACGAGUGGAGGUCAAAAUGACAGAAAGAACCGCCUUGAAAAACAAAGCUCAUGAACCAAACUUUAAACAAAUUGAAGAACAAGCCGAAAGAUGGAUCAGCAGUCAAAUUAGCAAAAAGUCACAAUUUCGCUCUGUAACUGUGACAUUUUCUGCUGCCUUGAUCAAGUACUUUUUGGAUGAAUUGGAUAGUGGCUUGCAACUCAUGUAUACAUUGCCAAACACUCGUGUAAAUUUAAAGACUUGUAUUUUAACAUCAUCGACCAAUAUUGCGGAAACAAAAGUGGAAAAUUUAACACUUCCAAACUGUGAAGUAAUUUUAAGUGUUGGAAAAUAUUCAAUGGUCUCAUUUGGAGAUGAUUCUGGUAAAUUGACUGCUCCACAAGCUGUCAACUUGACUGGUGUUUCUAGUUUUUCUUUGGAUAUUUCUAGUGACAAGAAGAGUCUUGUAGUUAACCUUUAA